GCCAUUGUUAACACUAUUCAAACAGAAUAAAAUAAGAUUUUUAUAGAAAUUUCAGAAAUGUAUUUGCUACUUUCCAGAAUUAAAAAUCAUGCCAUCAUCUAUGGAAGCUACUAGUUUCUUCCUACUUUUUCUGCUGGCUUUCUGCUCUUGUAUACACAAUAUUUUUUCUACUACAACAGAUUUAAUCAGUACAAAUCAAUUCAUCAUAGAUGGUGAAACUAUUAUUUCAUCCGGUGGAACCUUUGAGCUGGGAUUUUUCAUCCCCAGAGGUUCCAUAAAUCGAUAUAUUGGGAUAUGGUACAAGCAAAUUCUUCCUCAAGUCCAAACAGUUGUAUGGGUUGCCAACAGAGAAAACCCGCUCAACAAUACUUCUUCAGCUGUUUUGAAGGUCACCAGGCCAGGAAUACUUGCUCUUCUAAAUGACAAGAAUGAAACUAUAUGGUCCACUAACACCUCAAGAUCAGUCCAAAAUCCAGUUGCAGUGCUUUUAGAUUCUGGUAAUCUUGUUGUAAAAGAAGCAAAUGAUAACAGCCCAGAAGAUUUCCUCUGGCAGAGCUUCCAUUUUCCAACUGAUACGCUCUUGCCUGAUAUGAAGCUUGGCAAGAAUUUUAAAACUGGCCAUGAGGUUUAUCUUUCAUCAUGGAAGAACGAUAAUGAUCCAGCUCCAGGAGAAUUCACUCGUAACAUUGAUCCUACUGGAUAUCCACAAGCCCUAACCAAGAGUGGCACAAAUGUAAUGGCUCGUAUAGGACCAUGGAAUGGUUUACGAUGGAGUGGAGCACCCAUACCACUACUAGAAUGCUGCUUUUAUCAAUUUAUUUUCAAUGAGGAGGAGGUUUACUAUAGCUUUUCACUCAUUAACAGCUUGGACUUAACAAGACUAGUCCUGACUAGCAAUGGUUAUAUACAACAUUUGAAGUGGGUGGAAUGGACAAAGAGAUGGCAUACUUACUACAAUUUACCAGCGGAUUAUUGUGAUACACAUAGCCUAUGUGGUGCCUAUGGGAGCUGUGGCGUAGAUAGUUCCCCUGUUUGUGGAUGUUUGGAGAAGUUUGUACCUAAAUAUCCACAACAAUGGGAAAAGGGAGAUUGGACAAAAGGGUGUGUUCGGAGGACACACUUAGAUUGCAACAGGGAACAUGUAUUUAUAAAAUAUCCUGGACUCAAGUUGCCAGAUACUAAGCACUCUCAGUACAAUAAAACCAUGACACUCGAAGGGUGUAGGCAAGUAUGCUUCACGAACUGCUCCUGCACAGCUUAUUCAAGUUUAGAUAUAAGUAAUGGAGACAAAGGAUGCUUAUUAUGGUUUGGGGAAUUGGUUGACAUCAGAAAGCUAUCGGAAGGUGGACAAGACAUUUUCAUCAAGAUGGAUUCUUCAGAGCAAGAAUCUGAGGCAGGUUCAAAAACAAAGAAGGCAAAGAUACUCGCAGUGAUUUUCUCAUUGUUGAUGGCAAUGAUUAUGCUAAUCCUGAUUUUGUUGUGGUACAAAUGGAAAAAUAAAAAACUGAAACUCAAAGAAGAUUUUGAGCUUCCACUGUUCCCAUUGUUGACAAUAACAAGAGCAACAAAUAACUUUUCGGUCAACAACAAGAUUGGAGAGGGUGGAUUUGGACCUGUUUACAAGGGAGUAUUGGAAGAUGGACAAGAAAUUGCCGUGAAGAGACUGUCAAGGACUUCCAUGCAAGGAAUUGAUGAAUACAAGAACGAAGUUAUCUAUAUUGCCAAGCUUCAGCAUAGAAAUCUUGUGAGACUUCUGGGUUGCUGCAUCCAAGGGGAAGAAAAGAUGUUGAUCUAUGAAUACAUGCCUAACAACAGCCUAGAUUCCUACAUUUUUGACCAAACAAAGAACAAAUUACUUGACUGGCCAAAGAUUUUCCACAUCAUCAACGGAAUUGCUCGUGGCUUAUUGUAUCUCCAUCAAGACUCUAGACUACGGAUUAUCCAUAGAGACCUUAAAGCAAGCAAUGUUUUGCUAGAUAUAGAGAUGAAUCCAAAGAUAUCAGACUUUGGCUUGGCCAGAAGUGUUACAGGAAAUGAAAUGGGAGCAAAAACACGCCAUGUGGUUGGGACAUAUGGUUACAUGUCCCCAGAAUAUGCAGUAGAUGGGAAGUUCUCGGUAAAAUCAGAUGUGUUUAGCUUUGGCGUAUUGGUGUUAGAGAUUGUGAGUGGCAAGAAAAAUAGAGGAUUUGUUCACCAAGACCACAACCUUAACCUUCUCGGUCAUGCAUGGAAGCUUUACAAAGAGGAUAGAUCGUUGGAACUAGCUGCUGAGCAGCUGGCUGACUCUUGCAACACUUCUCAAGUUUUGAGGUCAAUCCAUGUGGGUUUAUUAUGCGUGCAACAACAUCCGGAUGAUAGACCAAGCAUGUUUUCUGUGGUUCAUAUGUUGGCUAAUGAUGGUCUACUUCCAAAAGCCAAAGAACCGGGAUUUUUCACAGAACGAAAUGUAUAUGAUGAAGCAAAAUCAGGAUUGCAGACAAGAAGUUCAAAAAAUGAAUUCACUAUCACAUUGUUAGAUCCACGAUAGGUGUGACAAAAUAACAAUUUUGACUUGCGUGCACAUGAAUAAGAAAGAUAUACAUUACAACUUUGGUUAUUGUGAAAUACAGUAUUACUUAAAUAAAAUAAACAUCAAGUUCUACGUAUGUUAAUGUAUGGACCUUUUU